AUAGUUAUUACAUUCUAUAUAUUAUAUGUAGUGAUUGUUUGUAAUUGAUUUUUUGGUUAUUAGAUAUUUAUUCAGUGUUAAUUUUAAAGCAAAAUAUGCCUGGAGAUAAUUGCAGUAUAACAAACUGUGGUACUUCAAGACGAACAAAAGGUGUUGGAAUAUUUAAACUUCCUCAUUCAAAUUCUGCAGAUCCUGCUCAUCAAAAACGGCGAUCUGAAUGGUUAAAUUCAAUUACAAAAGGGCGUGUGAUUGACCAACGAUUUAAAAUGCAAAUCAAUUCUGGGAAAGUCUUUGCUUGUGAAAAGCACUUUAAGCCAGAUGAUUUUGAAAUACACAUUGGUGCAAAAAUGACAAAAAAGAUAAUGAAAAAUGGAGUUAUCCCAAGUCUAUUUCUUCCCAUAAAAAGUUGUAUCACUACUUUACCAAAAAAAAGGAAUGCCAAGGAAAUCUAUUGAAUCUACAACUAAAAUAUCAACCAAAUGCUAUGUUAAACUUAAAGACAGAAUUUCAAAUACGAAGUUUAAAACUUUUGAAUGGUUGGAUAACAGAUGUAAAAGAAAAUGAAAUAAGUGAUUUAAAAAGAGGUUCAAAUCAGCUUGUUCUUCCAGAAUUUGAAAUAAUCAUAGAUGAUAGUUUAGGAUAUAGUUUGUCUGUAUAUGGAUGGAUGCUUCCUGAAAGUCAUACCAUUUACAAAAUUUACAAAAGAAGUAUGCAAAAUAUAUCAUUACAAAAUUUAAUUACUUUACUUGAAAGUAACCAGUUAUGUGAAGGUGUACCAAUUCAUGAAAAGAUAUCAAGUACCAUUCACCAUUGUAUACCUUUU